AUGCCUCAGUACUCAAAGAGACUAUAUGGAAAGAAAACAAGAUUUAAAUGUACAGAGCACUCUACCUGCCCGGGGCCGGGGCCACAUCGCCUCCAUUUCCCUUCCUCUCCUCCACCCGCUUCGCCUUGGCCGGGCUCCGGAUGGAGAGCAGGAUGAGCGGGGAUCAGCUGCACAACGACUCCCAGAUCGAUGCGGAUUUCCGAGCGAAUGAUUCUCACAAACAUAAAGAUAAACACAAAGACAGAGAACAUCGACACAAAGAGCACAAGAAGGACAAGGAGAAAGAUCGGGAAAAGUCGAAGCACAGUAAUAGUGAGCACAAAGAUUCCUCGGAGAAGAAACACAAGAGAAGGAGAAGACCAAACACAAAGAUGGGAGCUCAGAGAAGCAUUAAAGACAAGCAUAAAGAUAGAGACAAGGAAAGAGGAAGAAGAAAAGGUAUGUGUGUUCAGUGACUUGUUUGAGGGAUU